AUGGAGCACUUAUUCCGGUCAACGCUUAGGCUGACGAACGUCCGCACGGUCGGCCGGCUCGCGCUCAAUGGCCUCGGCACAUUCUGUGGCUGCGCGCUGAUCUGGGAGCACCUGAUCACCGUGCAGCUCAGCGCAGGUCCCUCGAUGUAUCCGACAUUCGACGUGAGAGGCGAUUGGCUCUUGAUUUCACGACUUCACCGGAACGGCAAGGGAAUCGAAGUCGGCGAUGUGGUGCGAUUUGGUCACCCGAACUUCCAGGGCGUGCAUGCUGCGAAGCGCGUGGUGGGCAUGCCGGGAGAUUUCGUCUGCCAGGAUCAGCCGCUUAGUCCGGAGGUUGGCAAGGAUCACAAUAUGAUACAGAUCCCCGAAGGCCAUGUCUUCCUGGCUGGUGACAACCUUCCCUGGUCUAGGGACUCGAGGAACUACGGCCCCGUGCCCAUGGCACUCAUCAACGGAAAGAUCAUCGCGCGAGUGUGGCCGCCCUCGAAGGCGGAAUGGGUCAAGAAUCCGCUCAAGCCUGCGCAGUUGGAGGGCAGCAUCUGA